AUGUUUUUCCGGAUCAUCAAUCGAAUCCAACCAUGCACAUCACAACAACGACUAUUGUCUCGUUCGCCGGCACUGCAAAAUUCCUUACUGCAGCAGUUUUUCGAUGACGAGGAGAAUUUCGGGAAACAAGAGUUGAGAGCAAAGAAGAGGCCGGGUCGUUCGUGGACGAAUGAGGAACUUCGUCUAAAGAGCAGCGAGGAUUUGCACAAACUAUGGUACGUGUGCUUGAAAGAAAGAAACAUGCUUUUGACGAUGGAGAAAGCACACAAAGCUACGGCUCGCCACUUUCCCAAUCCAGAACGACUUGACCGUGUGAAAGGAACGCUGAAAAACAUCGAAGAAGUUGUACACGAGAGAAAUGACGCUUAUUAUCAAUUGGAAACUGGUGACAGCGCCUCGGCACCGAAACGAACGGUCACCUCAUUUAUGGGAUUUACUUAUGAAAAACGAGCUGAGGAACACUACUCUCCUCCAGGAGAAGGACAAAAGGGAUAUGAGGUUCCUUAUCUCGAUGAUGAUGCCUACCUAAUGCAAAAGUUGUGGAACGAAAAAGAGCUUUGUAAAGAGCGUGACCGAAAAGAUAACUUGGCUCGAAGACAGCUCGCUAACGAUGAAAUGAAGCACUACAAACGCGGGGGAAGAAGAACAUUCGAUCGAUUGGAAGACUUAAAAGUUUAUCAA